CUGAGCUAGUGUCACUGUCACGUGCUCACCCUCCCUCAUUCACGUUCGCGCGAACGCGCUUGCGCUACGCGCGCCGUGCUCCUCUGGCUCGGAUGGGACCAGCAUGACGGAGGCGAAUCGGAGGUAAAGUCGGCGGCCCGACUGCAGCUGUGCGGCGGUGAGGGGGGCUGCGAGCUCCGGGGAGAUGCCGGUGUGACACCCCCCCCCCCCCCACCACCUCCUCUCACCGUUACACUGACACCAGCCUGCAGGAGGCACACACCCGUUCUACCGGGAAGCUGGGAUUUAGACGGGAAGAAGAGAAGACUCGACUAGAGAGAAGACUUUGAAUCUUGUUUGUUUCUCAGCUGAUCGCAGCCAUGGGGGCCACGGGCUACGGCUACUACCGAGUAGUCAUCUUCGUCUGCAUGUUUACUGGAUACUCGCUGUAUUUUUUCAACAGGAAGACGUUCUCCUUUGUGAUGCCGUCUGUGAUGGAGGAGAUCGACCUGGACAAAGAUGACUUGGGUAUGAUCACCAGCAGUCAGACCAUGGCCUACGCCAUCAGCAAGUUCAUCAGCGGCGUGCUGUCGGACCAGAUCAGCGCCCGCUGGCUGUUUUCCAUCGGCCUGUUCCUGGUGGGGGGCAUCAACAUAGCCUUCUCCUGGUCCUCGAGCGUGUCCAUGUUCUCGCUGCUCUGGUUCGUUAAUGGUCUGGGACAGGGCUGCGGCUGGCCCCCAUGUGGGAAGGUGCUGCGUAAGUGGUUCCAGCCCUCCCAGUUUGGAACAUGGUGGUCUGUGCUGUCCUGCAGCAUGAACCUGGCCGGGUGUCUGGGUCCAAUCCUAGUGAUGGUGCUGCUGCAGUACUAUGAGUGGAGGACAAUCCUCACCAUGUCGGGCCUUUUCUGUGCCUCCUUCUCAUUCGUCUGCCUGCUGUUUGUGAAGAAUGAGCCCAACGAUGUGGGUCUACCCAGCGUUGAGGCAGCGUUCAAGAAGGGAGCAAAGGGUGCCAACGGUGAGAGCACCCUGAGGGAGUUCCUCCUCUCUCCCUUCCUCUGGGUGUUGUCUCUGGGUUACCUGGUGGUGUUUGGGGUGAAGACAGCCGCCACUGACUGGGGUCAGCUGUUCCUCAUGCAGGAGAAAGGCCAAACCGCUCUCAUGGGAAGUACCUACAUGAGUGCCUUGGAGGUGGGAGGAUUCGUCGGCAGCCUGGCUGCAGGUUUCAUCUCAGACAGGGCAGUAGCUCAGCGAGGCCUGAGCACCCACGGCAGCCCCCGCCACGGCCUGCUCAUUCUAAUGAUGGCCGGCAUGUAUGUGUCCAUGUACCUGUUCAGAGUGACCAUCACACCUGACACCCCGGAGGAAGCUCCUCUUUGGGUCCGGGCUCUUCAUCCAGUCUCUGUUCUCCUUGGCGUGUCGGAGAAGGAGAUAUGGAUCCUGUUCCUCGGUGCCGUGUUCGGGUUUUCCUCCUAUGGACCGAUUGCCUUGUUUGGAGUGAUCGCGAGCGAAUGUGCUCCUUCAAACUUCUGUGGGACGUCUCAUGCAGUCGUGGCCCUGAUGGCGAACGUGGGGGCCUUCAUGGCGGGUCUUCCCUUCAGCACCGUUGCCAAGCAGCACAGUUGGGAAGUGGCCUUCUGGGUAGCUGAGGUCCUAAUGGGCGUCACCACUAUCUGGUUCUUCCUCAUGCGUAACAUGCGCACCAAAAUGGGACGGAUGGUAGAGAAAAUGGACUAGUGGACACGAGCCCCGCUGGGGACAUCUCCUCUCCACACCAGAGCUCGGGGUGGCUGCAGCUAAACCACAGAUGGAGUUACUCAGAUGUAGAAGAGCACAACUGUUGGUGUUUUUAAUCCUCCCCUGGUCCAGGUCACAUGACACAUUCAUGCUGAAGACAGUGUGCCGACCUAAAUGUUUUCACUGAUUCUGCCUUAAGGCUUUUAUUAGCGUUUCUCUGGAAGCCUUAUGAACAGCCUCUGUUCAGAGAAAUAGCUUACAUCUGCCAGGACUGAUAAGCUAACGGCUGUAAUUUUAAAUCAGCUCUCCCAAAGUUCCCAACAUCUCAUUUCCCAUUUCCGUGAAGUGUGUGAUCGGCGUAUUCCGCUCAGAGCUACUGCGGCCUUUAGCGUUAGCAUCAGUCGGGUAGCUAACGCAGCUACACUCACCGACGCUCAGAGCGAGUCAGACGCAACGAAUCUUAAAAUGACAGAGUUCAUUGUAGUAGAUGAGCAGCCUUUCUCUGGUGGAAGUCAUAGGCUCCGCCCACUGCUCUGUCUCUAGGAGCUCUGCUGUGGGACACAAAUGAACCCACUAAUAAGAGAGCUCCUAGAGUUACUGACACAUUCCUGUUGUCCUUUUGCACAGGAAGGUGCAUUUUUGUCUAAAUGAGGGCGAUGCUAAUGCUAUUGUUCCUUUUUCCAGAUCCUGUAGUCGUUAGCACUCAUCAUAACUAAACCAGUCCGGUUAUCGGCAGCAGAAAUCCCGCUGUCCGUGUCACACAACCAUUUUUAUCUACAGGACUUCAGGAACCUCCAGCAGGUUUCUGCUGGAUCCACCAGAAGAGCUACACUUAUCUGCUGGCUGAGAUGUUUAUGCGUGUAAACACCACAGGACUGCCCGUAGACAAGUGUGUGCUGCGGAAUACAAAGAUUAUCGCAUGAAGCUGUACAAACAGCUGUGAGAUUAGCUGCACUGACUAGCUGUUAGCUCUUCAGUCCUGGUGACACACAUCUGUUUCUGUGAACAGAAGCUCGUCACCAAAUGAGGCAGGAAUAACUUAAAAGACUAACACACUUUGGGAUGGCCGACGGUGUCUCUGCAGCUGUUGGACGGCCUGUCUGUGGUCCACCUGGACAAACACCUUCAGCUUUGGUCUCACAUCUAAAGUAUUUCCAUGAGCAUCAAGUAGUGAGCAAAGUGAAGUUGGUGUCCUCUGGAGGAGCUUUAGGAGCCAACAUGAACACCAGCAGAGUUCUGAUACUGAUCCAGCAGCAGAAGGUACCACCGGAGAAACGUGGUUUUUACUGUGAUUGUAAGAAUAAAAACAUCAGAGUUUAA